CCAAUCAUCGGCCGGUUGCCCGGGUAGCGGUGUCGCGGUGCACUGUGGGCUGGCGUGCGAUGGCGGCCCGUGUGGUGAGCUGGUGCCGCCGCUUGGCGCGGAUGAUCCGGCCGGGUCUCGGCGGUCGGAUGGCGGCGGUCGCCCUCCCCACACCGGCAAACUCACCAGAGCUUCAGAAAACUGGGCUAGGAUCAGAAAAUAGGACUGGAUUGACUGAACAGUGUAGAGUUUUGCAUACUACUAAUUCCUGUAAAGGACUAGAAGAAUUCUUUGAUGAUCCAAACAACUGGGGAGAACCAACUGUAAAAUCUGGUGCACCCUGGACGGCAAAACAGCUGAGGAUAAAAAGCAAUGAGGAUUUACAUAAACUCUGGUAUGUCCUUCUUAAAGAAAAGAACAUGCUUUUGACAAUAGAACAAGAAGCAAAGCGACAAAGAUUGCAAAUGCCAAGUCCAGAGCGCUUAAAGAAAGUAGAACGAUCUAUGGCUAGAAUUGACUCAGUUGUUCAAGAACGUGAAGAUGCAUUGAGGUUGUUGCAGACUGGGCAGGAGAAAAGUUACCCUGGUGCUUGGAGAAGAAACAUCUUUGGACAGACCUAUUGGUAUAAAUUUAGGGAAUGGCCUAUCCCUUGGUACCUAAACAAAGUAUACAGAAGGAAACGAUUCUACACCCCAUCAUAUGUGGAUAUUUUUGUUAGGCGUCGGAUUGAGAAGUAUCUACGUAAAAAGAGUCGUGCAAAGAAGAACAAACCAGUGCUACAGGACAAAAUCUCUCAAGUUUCUGCAACAUAGAAUUAAGUUUACAAUGUAAAUAUGAAAAUAAGUGGGUCAGGG